GGGCCAGCCCCGCGUUCUCUCCCAGAGUCUGUUCCGCUGUAGAGGUGACCUGACUGCUGGAGACUGCCUUUGCAGGUGCAGAGAUCGGCCUUGCAGUUUGCAAUAAUGUCUGAACCAAUCAGAGUCCUCGUGACUGGAGCAGCUGGUCAAAUUGCAUAUUCACUGUUGUACAGUAUUGGAAAUGGAUCUGUCUUUGGGAAAGACCAGCCCAUCAUUCUUGUGCUGUUGGACAUCACCCCCAUGAUGGGUGUUCUGGACGGUGUCCUGAUGGAACUGCAAGACUGUGCCCUUCCCCUUCUGCAGGAUGUCAUUGCAACAGACAAAGAAGAGAUUGCCUUCAAAGACCUGGAUGUGGCUGUCCUAGUGGGCUCCAUGCCAAGAAGGGAAGGCAUGGAGAGGAAGGACCUGCUGAAAGCCAAUGUGAAAAUCUUCAAAUCCCAGGGCACAGCCUUGGAGAAAUACGCCAAGAAAUCAGUUAAGGUCAUUGUUGUGGGAAACCCAGCCAAUACGAACUGCCUGACAGCCUCCAAGUCAGCGCCAUCGAUCCCCAAGGAGAAUUUCAGUUGCCUGACUCGCUUGGACCACAACCGAGCAAAAUCUCAAAUUGCUCUUAAACUCGGUGUAACCGCUGAUGAUGUAAAGAAUGUCAUUAUCUGGGGAAAUCAUUCAUCAACCCAGUAUCCAGAUGUCAAUCAUGCCAAGGUGAAACUGCAAGGAAAGGAAGUCGGUGUGUAUGAAGCCCUAAAAGACGACAGCUGGCUGAAGGGAGAGUUCAUUACGACUGUGCAACAGCGAGGUGCUGCUGUCAUCAAGGCUCGGAAGCUGUCCAGUGCAAUGUCUGCUGCGAAAGCCAUCGCAGACCACAUCAGAGACAUCUGGUUUGGAACCCCAGAGGGAGAGUUCGUGUCGAUGGGCGUUAUCUCUGAUGGCAACUCCUAUGGUGUCCCUGAUGACCUGCUCUACUCAUUCCCUGUCGUGAUCAAGAAUAAGACCUGGAAGUUUGUUGAAGGCCUCCCCAUUAAUGACUUCUCCCGUGAAAAGAUGGACCUGACAGCAAAGGAGCUGACCGAGGAAAAGGAGACGGCUUUUGAGUUUCUCUCCUCUGCGUGACUAGACACUCGUUUUGACAUCAGCAGACAGCCGAAGGCUGAGGAAUCAAAAUGUCGUCUUUGAGCCUAGUACCAAACAGUAAUAAUGCUACAUUCAAAUUGUGAACAGCAAAAUAUUUUAAAUAGUGUGUGCUUUAUGAUUUGUGAAAGUCUAUCAUGUUGUUAGUGCUGCAAUCUAAAUAAAAGUAUAUUCAAGUGAAAAUCAUGUUUUGCUCAUAAUUUGAUUUUAAAAUUAGCUGUAAGAAGGUUGCAGAUAAUCUAUCUUCCUUAUAUUCUAUAGCAGAAUAAUGAAGUCAUUAAUAUUUAAUAGCCAAUAAUACCACACUAUUAAUGUUUGUAAGCUUAGAUUAUUAGAAACAUGAAACUAUGUUUUUGAGGCCGUCUGGUUUCCAUGAGAACACAUGCAUCGUCUUUGUGUGUUUUGUGCAUUACUCAGUGCAAUAAAUAGUACCAUAAUCUCAAAAGCUGGCUGUAAUACGCUUGGUGGAUAUUCAAAUACUUGUUGGUUAGACUUGCUGUUUACCUGUACUAGUAAAUAUUAUCUAUAUUGAAGCUCA